UAUAACUAUAACCAUAACUAGUCUUUCUAUAGAUUCUUGCAAACAAAAAUUGAGUCAAACUUAGAAUUGAAAAAAAAUGAACAAUAGAGAAAUAAUUUCAAAUGGUUUACUUCAUGAAAACACAACAAGCUCAUCAAAUGAUAAUCUUCCUGUUUUAAAGAGGAAGAGAAACCUCCCCGGAAAUCCUGAUCCUGAAGCUGAAGUGAUAUCUUUAUCACCAAAAACAUUGAUGGCAACAAACAGAUUUGUUUGUGAAAUUUGUCUAAAGGGGUUUCAAAGGGAUCAAAACCUUCAACUUCAUCGACGCGGGCAUAACCUUCCUUGGAAGCUGAAACAAAGAACAAACAAAGAAAUAAGGAAGAGAGUGUAUGUGUGUCCAGAGAAGAGUUGUGUUCACAAUCAUCCUUCAAGGGCUUUAGGAGACUUAACUGGGAUAAAGAAGCACUUUUGUAGGAAGCACGGUGAGAAGAAGUGGAAGUGUGAAAAGUGCUCAAAGUUUUAUGCUGUUCAAUCGGAUUGGAAAGCACACUCAAAGACUUGUGGUACGAGAGAAUACAAAUGUGACUGUGGCACUGUCUUUUCAAGGAGGGAUAGUUUUGUGACUCACAGGGCAUUCUGUGAAGCCUUAACAGAAGAAACAGCUAGAAUAAACGGAUCAACAAACUCAUUACUAGCAAUGGGAGGUUACAACAACAUCAUGCAAAAUUCUCUUGUCCCAACUCAUUUUUCUUCAAUUUUCAAGCCAAUUUCAUGCACAGAUCAAGCAUCUAGAUCAGGUCUAUCCCUUUGGAUGUCUCAAACAUCUCAGGAUGAUUUUCAUGACACAAUGGCCAAUAAUAACAGCAAUUUGCAUGAGAUUCAUCAACUUGAAAACCCACAACCAAACUCUAAUUAUCAUCUAAAUUGGGUUUAUGGAAAUAAACUAUCUUCUAAUAUUGGUUCCCAAGAGUUAACUAGCACUGUUUCACUUCCAAUGGUCAAUAGUAACAACAACAUUGAUAAGGAUAGUGUAACUGCAAGUGCAAACAAUCUUGUUAGUGUUCCUUCCUUAUAUAGCUCACAACACCAACCUCAAUCUCAUAUUCAAACAUCUUCAGCAAACAUGUCAGCAACAGCUUUGUUACAAAAAGCUUCUCAAAUUGGAGCAUCUUCAAGUGACUCAUUGUUCUUUGGAGGUUUAGGACCUUUGGGAUGCAAUACUCCAAAUCAAGAUCAUAGGAACAAAUUUUGUGGGGUGUAUAAUUCAAACUCAGUACUCACAACAAGCCAUGAGACAGAAGGUAACUAUUCAGGUGAAUUGUCACAAAUGCCCCCGACAAAACGGCGACGCAUGCAUAAUGAAGAGAGUGUGUGGGGACAAACUAGGGAUUUCCUUGGUGUUGGUGGUGCUAACCCUUUGCAUCCUUUCAUCAAUCAACGGAUGGAUUUAAUUUGAUGUCAGGACCGUCUUGAAAGGCGUGUAAGACGGAUUACUUUACAAAUUUUACUGUUAAAUUGAGGCUAAAUAGGGCCUCAGAAAAUAUGGUCACGGUUAAAUUGUGGUUUAAUAGUGUCUCUGUUUGUUUUGUCAUAGGUCUCAAAAAAUUUAGGACCGCUAUGCAUCGUUAUUUUCUAAAUUAAGAAGAGAUAAUAUAUAUGCAUGCAAUGCAAUGCAUAUUCUUUUGAAUCUAUAAAGCUGACUUCUUUUAAAAAUGGUGGCUUUAAUUUUUGUUAAAGGAAAUAUAGGACAGCUUUUGGACUCCAUUAUUGCUGAUUUUCAUCCCUGCAUGUUGUGGUUGUUCCCUGUCGUACUGGACUCAAAAGAGAAUUUUUCAAGGAGCAAAAAGCAUGAUUCUAUAGUACAAAUAGGUAUGUAGCAUGUUGGUUAAAGUAAAAGGUUCAUAAACUAUAGUACCACUUUCAUUUGAUCAUCAAUGGACUGGCUAUGUCUAUAAAUAAUGGUGUUUAUAGUCUUCUUAAUCUUUUGUAGGAAAUUAAUGUUUUAAUAGACAUCUUGUUUUGUGA